AUGCUCCGGCUCGGCGGCAGGAUGUGCGGCUCCUCGGCCCUGCUCUCGGUGCUUCUCGCCGGACUCGCGGCGGCCUCCUCGGAUCUUUUCGACAACCAGCUGGGCGACAUCGGCUACUGCAAAAAGCAAUGUCAGCUCACCGUCCGAAACAAAAGCCCCGCUAAAGACUCCAUCAUGAACGCCUGUUACCGUGGCUGUCGCCUCUACUCCAUCUGCCAGUUUGUCAGUGGCAACGCCGGCUUCAACUCCAGCAGGGAGGAGUGUCAGGGAGCCUGCCAGGAGGCAUACAUUAAGCUCCUGGAACAGGAGGCCUGCAGCACCGGCUGUGCCAGCCAGCCCUCUGAGCCCGAGAUCAAGAGGAGGAAGCUGAAGGCCAUGACUCUCCGCCCGAAGCCCCCCUCCGUGAUGGAGGCCGUGUCCAGUUGGUGCAACGAAAUCGUCAGCUCUGCUCAGAGCUUCAUCUCCUCCACCUGGACGUUCUACCUGCAGGCUGAUGAUGGCAAGGUUGUGGUUUUCCAGAGCCAGCCGGAGAUGGAGUACUCUCUGCCUGAGCUGCAGGCUCCUCGAUCCAACGUGGCGGACAAGCCCUGGCCUCAGGUCCACUCUCACACCCAGAGACCUCAUGGUGCGAGGGGACAUGGAGAGAGAGGAACGUCCAAAGCAGGAGGUAAAGGGAAACACGCGGUGCAGCACACAGACGACCCCACCGCUGAACACGACUUCCUUGGCUGCAUGUCAAGACGCUCUGGCCUCCCGCGGUGGAUCUUAGCGGCCUGUCUCUUCCUGUCCAUCAUGGUCAUGUUGUGGCUCAGCUGUGCCAGCCUUGUCACCGCACCAGAGCAGCACAUCAAGACACAGCUGAGUAUCAACGGAGAUAAAGAGUUCCUGGACAAUGCCCACAAGGUCAACCCGUACCACAUGACUCCCGUGAUCGCCGUCGCCGUGAAGCAGUCAGAGGAGAGCCAGGAGGCGGGGCCGCUGCCAGUGAAAGUUGACCUCAACAAAACAUUUGUUUAGAAAGGACCAAUGGGAGAGCUGGGCCAGUCUUGUUGCCCCCAGGAUAACCACGUCUAAAAGUCUGCGGCCCAUCAGAAGAAUUUUUAAAAAAACAUUUUUAACAGCAUGGCACCCAACUGUCUUUUGAACCUAUCUUACUGAAACAUAUAGCUUGUGUUGAUCAGACUGUUCACUUAGCUAUGCCGGUCACUUCAUUUCCUUGUACAGUCCAAAUAUGUCCAUCCUCAAAUUAUCCGUACUAAUCAGCCUGCUUAUUGCUUAUUGAUAAGACAGCGCUCUAGUCUCAGAGCCAUGCUGGAGACGAGCAGACAAGGGGGGAUUACAGCUGAGAGCUUUCAUAUCAUUUUUCACGUCUAGUGUGGACAAGAGAAGAAGAACACUAAGAUUAAUUUUAGAUUUAAUUUUCCUCAUUCUCACAGGGAGUUUGGGUGAAUUAAUGGAUUACUGAGAGCAAAGAAAACUAGUAAAGAAAUGUGUAAAAGAGGAAAAGGAAAGAUGAAUUCCAGGUGAGCACUCACCUACAGAGAGCAGAUACUGUAGCUCACACUAUCAGCGUUGUGAGCUGUUCAGUAAUGUUUUUGACAAUGGUUUGAAAAAUUGUUUUCAAGGUGUUUUCCGUCUUGCGCAGUGGGAAACAGUUCUCUGGUGAGCAAACCCUUCUCAGCCAGUUCAGAGUAAGAGAGGCGAACAGAAAGGCUAACUUACUUCAAAAAGAUCUACUUUUAUCACCUUAUACCUGUGUGUGUGUGUGUGUGUGUGUGUGUGUGUGUGUUUGUGUGUGUGUGUGUGUGUGUGUGUGUGUGUGUGUGUGUGUGUAUGUGCGCGCGUGUGUACUGUACAUGUGCGUCUACAAACAGCACACAUUCAUUGAUGAGUAACAAAUCCAGAACUGGAAAUGGAUCAAAAGUGACACCUUUAUUUAUUUUCUCCUCUAUUUAUUAUGGAAAUCAUCUAAAUAGUGUUACUGAAGUGCCAUGUACAGUUAAUUCAUCAUACAAAUGUAAUUUCUCUGGAUGUAAAAUACACUGUAACAGAGUGGAAAGAGACACGUCGAGAAGGGAGAUUGCACCUAUUGCUGUAUUGUCAUUAUUAUUAUUAUUAUCAUCAUAUUAAUGCACUUAUAUCACGUAAAGAGUUCUUAGCUGUUAUGCUCUGUGCCAUGUGCUUUCUAAUAGCUAUUUUGUAUAUCCUAGAGGAGCACAUAUACUGAAGGAGACCUCUGUAACCAUGUGUGACGCAAAGCUUUCGUCAUAGACCUUUGUUCCUCAGCAGAGUUGCACAGUCUUCAGAGAAGAGCUCGUGGCUUCCUCUCAGUGCUGUUGAUGUCCUGUAACGCUCCUUUAAUCCAGGCUAUGUAGACAAUAAACCGUGCAUGCAUGUGACGCUUUGAUAGUUAUAUCUUAACCGCCCGCCAUGCCAGUAUGGCACAAUCUCUACUAUAGACGUGGGAUCUCUUUGUGUUCAUAUUUACUGUAAUCAUUGACUAGAAUGUGUAGCGAGGAACGAGAAUAUUUUGGAUUUACAGGAGGGACUCGCGAGUUUCAUUAACAUCUGUGCUGAUUCAAACGGAAGGUUUACCGAGUAUGACAAUGCAUUUCAAAAUUGUAUCGUUUCCUUUUUACCGGUCUGGAUUGUUUCCAAUGAAAUGAGAUGAGAUGACGAAUAAAGUGUUUUCACUGUAAAUAAAUCCUCAUCAGAGCCGGA